CGCCCGGGGGCCGCCGGGGUGAUGGCGGCGGCGCGGCGGUCUUGGCUGCUGCUGCGCGCGGCGUGCGCCGGGCGGCUGGGCGCGCGGGGCUGGGGCCGGCCCGGGAGCUCACCCGCGCUCCCGUCCGCGCAGGUCCCUGCCCAGGCCUACUGGAGGAGCGUCCCGGGGCUCCCGCGGCACCCAGGGCUGGCCUGCGGGCUCGGCAGGUGCGGCAGCAGCUCGGCGGCGGACGCGGCGGCCUCCAGAGCCGGCGAGGACUCCGUCCUGCAGUGGGUGCUGCUGCUCAUCCCCGCGACCGCCUUUGGCCUGGGGACGUGGCAGGUCCAGCGUCGGAAAUGGAAGCUGAGACUGAUCCAGGAGUUGGAGGCCAGGGUGAUGGCGGAGCCCAUCCCGCUGCCCGCGGACCCCAUGGAGCUGAGAGAGCUGGAAUACAGGCCCGUGAGAGUCAGGGGGCACUUCGACCACUCCAAGGAGCUCUACAUGAUGCCCCGCACGCUGGUGGACCCGGCACGGGAGGCCCGCGAGGCCGGCCGCCUCUCCUCCUCCACAGAGAGCGGUGCCCAUGUGGUGACACCGUUUCACUGCGCUGACCUGGGAAUCACGAUCCUGGUGAACAGAGGGUUUGUCCCCCGGAGGAGCGUGAACCCCGACACUCGGCAGAAAGGCCAGGUGGAGGGCGAGGUGGAGCUGGUCGGGAUGGUGAGGCUGACGGAGACCAGGAAGCCCUUUGUUCCUGAAAACCACCCCGAGAGGAACCACUGGCACUACCGGGACCUGGUAGCCAUGGCCAAGGCUGCAGGCACCGAGCCCAUCCUCAUCGAUGCUGACUUCAAGAGCACUGUCCCAGGAGGUCCCAUUGGGGGACAGACCCGAGUCACACUCAGGAAUGAACACCUGCAGUACAUAGUGACCUGGUACGGCCUCGCCGCCGCCACCUCGUAUCUGUGGUGGAAGAAGUUCCUGCGUCGAGCCCCCUGAUGGACACCACCA